AACGGUCCUGCGUCUUGGCCGCGUUGCAGAGAGAACACAGAGGGAGGAGGGGAAAAAAAAACUCGUCUCUCUCUCUCUCUCUCUCUCUCUCUUGCGUGGGUGGCGAGCCCGAGGAGCGGAGGCCACAAGUCUAAUCCGCCCGUAUCUAAUCCGCUCGAGCGCCGCGAGGAGGACGGAGGAGGAGGGAGCGGCGGGGCGGGCCUGAUUCGGGCUCUUCUCUUGCGCUUCGCGGUUAGCACUUUGAAGUGUGUGAUCUCGGCUUCUUCGAAUCCUGAAGCACGGUUGAAUCAUGGCUGGGUCCCUUGCUGCCGCUGCCUGCUUCCCUGGUCCAGGGGCUUCCCCGGCAGCGUCCGCCAAAACAUCGAAGAACAUGGCUGGUGAAUUACCGGACAGUUUGAGUGUCCAUGGAAUUGUUGCAAAGCCUGGCGCCCCUUCUGGGAACAUGCAAGUGAAGGCUCAAGCUCAAGCCCUUCCCAAAGUUAACGGCACCAAGCAUAACCACAAGAAUGCGAGUGCAGACACGGAGGAGGCGAUACCUUACAGUGCUCCCAAGACAUUCUACAACCAACUGCCGGAUUGGAGCAUGCUUCUUGCGGCUGUCACCACCAUCUUCCUGGCAGCAGAGAAGCAGUGGACACUGCUUGACUGGAAGCCAAAGAAACCUGACAUGCUUGUUGACACGUUUGGCUUUGGUAGGAUCAUCCAGGAUGGCCUGGUGUUUAGGCAGAACUUCAUGAUUCGGUCCUACGAGAUUGGUGCUGAUCGUACGGCUUCUAUAGAGACAUUAAUGAAUCACUUACAGGAAACCGCUCUUAACCAUGUGAAGACUGCUGGCCUUCUUGGAGAUGGUUUUGGCGCCACGCCAGAGAUGAGCAAGCGAAACCUGAUCUGGGUUGUCAGCAAAAUUCAGCUUCUUGUUGAGCAAUACCCCUCGUGGGGAGAUAUGGUUCAAGUGGACACAUGGGUAGCUGCUGCUGGCAAAAAUGGCAUGCGUCGAGACUGGCAUGUUCAUGACUACAAUUCUGGGCGUACAAUUUUGAGAGCUACAAGUGUUUGGGUGAUGAUGAAUAAGAACACUAGGAGGCUUUCGAAAAUGCCAGAUGAAGUUAGGGCUGAGAUAGGCCAAUAUUUCAAUGGCCGCUCUGCCAUAACAGAUGAGCAAAGUGAGAAGCUGUCUAAGCCAGGGAGCACUGUUGAUGGUGAUGCUGCAAAGCAGUUCAUAAGGAAGGGGCUCACUCCUAGGUGGGGAGACCUUGAUGUCAACCAGCAUGUGAACAACGUCAAGUAUAUUGGGUGGAUUCUUGAGAGUGCCCCAAUUUCAAUCCUGGAGAAGCAUGAGCUUGCAAGCAUGACGCUGGAUUACAGGAAGGAGUGCGGCCGCGACAGCGUGCUGCAGUCACUCACCACCGUCGCAGGUGAAUGUGUGGAUGGCCACCCGGACUCCACCAUCCAGUGCGACCACCUGCUCCAGUUGGAGUCGGGGGCUGAUAUUGUGAAGGCACACACGGAGUGGCGGCCCAAGCGAGCACACGGCGGUGAGGGAAACAUGGGUUUUUUCCCAGCCGAAAGCGCAUGAACACCCCCCUGAAGCUGGACCGGCCGAGCAUGAACGUGGGGGCUCCUGUGAAGCGUGAAUCCUAAGUUAUGGCUACUAACCCAGAACGAGUGUCUGGUCGUGAGAAGUUUGGCGUGCCAGGGAACGCCGCAUUACCCACCCAACCUGGGGUAGUACAAGGACGGGAGUCGCAAGAGGACUGACUGGAGGAGGAUGUGAAGCCCUGGGGGACAGGAUGUUAAGCCAGCGAAACCGGAGGAUGACGAGUCGUGUUCUGAUGCGGUGACGCCGAUUGCUGAACCAAGGAGCGGCAGGAGCUGGUUGAGGCCGGAGCAAAAAAAAGAUGCGGCGCAGGGGGACAAUGGUAGUGGUCUAGGCCAGGUUGGGUGUGUAGAAGGCAUGCAUUCCCUUUGUAACAGCCUAAUUUGUACAUUCUUACCAUCUUAAUCCCAUUGGUUGAAUCGCAGCCCUCCUGUGCUUCCAUCGAUGAAUUCAGGUCCAGGACCAUUCCUUGUACUCCUUGUGCAGACAGACAAUUCUGUGCUACUAGGUCUGCAUCCUUAAGUCGCUGUCGUUUCUGCC